UACAAACAUGAACCCAAUCCACCAAAUUUACAAGGAAUUUUCAAAAGAACCAACCUUCCAGUUCUUCACAAGAGGAGGAAACAAAAUGGAAUACGCACAUGUCCAGAUGUUCAUGGAAAAGCUGAAGCAGCUGAUAUACUCCGAUGAUAUUCCAAUGAUCAACAACCCAUCAAUCUUACGUGAAAGGCCUCAAUUCCAACUGCUUUAUGAAGAGCUUGACUCCAUGAUGCAAACCCUUUUCAACCACGAAGACCAAGAUCUAUACAACUUUGAAAAAGUGAGAAAACUGAAGAAAAGAUUCAAAGCUACAGCUGAAGAGGCAGAAGAUAUCGUCGAUAUUUUUCUAUCUGCUGUCUACUGUAGAUAUAACGAGUAUUUCACUAUCUCUGAUGUCUUUCAAACCUCUCUGAAUCUUGAGGAUGUUAUAAGAUCAAUUAAGUCUAUCAAAGUGGAAUUCAUGACUGCAAAAAUCGAUCAUAUGAAGAUGGAUUCGUCUCAAAGAACUGACAGACUGCCGAUGAAGUUAGCUUCUGUUGCUGGAACUUCCAACACUAGAAAUUUGGUAGGAUCCAAGAAAGCAGUGGAAAAAAUCGUCGUGGGGAUUGAUCGUGAUGCUGAGAUAAUACGGGACAAACUUGUUGAAGAUGGAAAGCAUCUGGAUGUGGUCUCUAUUGUUGGUAUGGGUGGACUCGGUAAGACUACACUUGCUAAGAAAGUGUUCACUGAUCCUUAUGUUGUUUAUCAUUUUCAUGUCCGUGGAUGGGUCACUGUUUCACAAUCGUAUGACAAGAGGGAUCUAUUGAUUCAAGUUCUGUCAUCCAUAGAUAAACAAUUAGAGCUUGAAGAAGCAACAAACUCUCAACUUCAUGAAAAGCUGCACAAACGCCUAAACCGUCAGAAAUAUUUGAUUGUCAUUGAUGAUAUCUGGAGUAAAGAGGCAUGGGAUAAUCUGAAAUUAUUUUUCCCUGAUGAUAACACUGGAAGUCGCAUUAUGCUUACUACUCGACUCACUGAAGUUGCUUUGCACGCAAAAUCACACGGACUCAUUCAUCAUUUACAACAUUUGUCAGAUGAAGAAAGUUGGAAGUUGUUGUGUGAGAAGGCGUUCCAAGAAGAUGAAUGUCCUGAAUGGUUGAUUGAACCUGGAAAGCAAAUUGCAAAAAACUGUCAUGGAUUGCCGCUUUCUGUGGUUGUGAUGGCAGGAGCUUUAGCAAAAGAAGCAAGGAGUCAAGAUUUGUGGGUAAAGAUUUCUUGCAGUGUGCAUUCUUACAUUGCUAGUGAUGAGAAAGGAUGUCUGGAAACAAUAGCAUUAAGUUACCACCAUCUACCUCUUCACAUGAGAGUCUGCUUUCUCUAUCUGGGAGGGUUUCCAGAAGACUCUUGGAUCGUUGCACGAACAUUGAUCCUGUUAUGGAUGGCUGAGGGGUUUAUACAUGAAGAUGGAUGUCGAAGCUUGGAGGAAAUCGGGAAGGGUUACCUAAUGGAUCUGGUUGACAGAAAUCUUCUUAUUGUAGAAGAAUUGUAUAUUACAGGUGAUGUCCGAUUUUGUAAAGUCCAUGAUCUUGUGAGGCAGCUAUCUGUGGAAAAGGGAAAAGAAGAAAACUUCUUCCUCAAAAUAGAACCACCAUCUAGUGGUCUUUGUGAUAUCAUAAGAAAACAAAUCAAGAAAUUGAGAAAUCGGAAAAAGGCAAUUACCACACAUGAGCAACGCCAUGUGGUCACAAAUCAAGAAAUCGACAUUAUGAGUUUGUGUCGUCAGUCCACCCCAAAUAUUAGAUCGCUUUUGUGCAAUCAUAGGAAAACAACCUUUACUGACAAUAUCUCAAAGUUUUUCCGCUCGUUUGCACUUCUUAGGGUGUUAAAUCUAGAAAGAUGUGAAUUGAUAGAUUUUUCCCCCAGUUUAGCAUUACUAGUUCACUUAAGGUACCUUGAAAUUUGGAUUUCAUUAUUCCCAUCAUCAAUAUGCAAUUUAUGGAACCUCCAAACCCUCUUUGUUAGAACAAGUUCUAGUUCUAUGCUUUUACCUAGUAGCAUAUCAAAUUUGGUGAAUCUGAGGCAUUUAGGCUGUAAUGCAGAUCUUUUUCUUCCUUCUAUUGGAAAACCUAUGAAACUGGAAUUUCUUUCGAAUGUGGUGGUGGGAGUUGGGGUAGAUAAUUUUAAGAAAUAUUUUCCACGUAUCAAGGAUCUUGCAUGUAGUAUUUACUCUGAUGACGAAAAUGACUUUGAAGGACUCCACUACCUUCAAGGCUUGAAGUUGACUGGGUUGGGCUACAGCAGAAGGAGAUUAGUUGAGCGAGAAUUUGUCAGAGGUGAACCAAACAUGGGAAAGAAUUACAUUAGGUUCUCUUCAACACUGAAAGAACUUGCACUUGUAAGGUGUGGUCUACCAUGGAGCGAUAUGUCGAUCAUUCAAUCGUUACCUAACCUUGAGUUUCUCAUACUAGAAGACAAUGCCUUUGAAGGAACCUUGUGGGAAACAGGUGAGGAGCAGUUUCAACGACUAAAAAUAUUGAGACUUGAAGAGUUAAAUAUCAAACAAUGGGAAGCCUCAAGUAUUAACUUUCCAUGUCUCAAAGAAUUAGAGGUGGUGAAUUGCGUUGAUCUUGAAGAGAUACCCCUUGAAUUAGGGGACAUCUCAACACUUGAGUGUAUUUACAUUGUGAAUUGUUGUCCUUCUCUUCUCGUAUCCCUUCAAAAAAUACGACAGGAGCAAGAUGUUGUGGGAAACUAUGAACUGGAGAUCAUAGUUGAUGAAAGGAAUAUGCCCUCUUGUGUACCCAGGAAUGACGAUUAAUGAUUUUUACUGAUGGAAUUGCAACUGAUAGUAUCAAUGUUUGCUACACAGUGCUUGUAGGUAUUCUUUACCCAAAAUUUGGUAUGGUUCAAAAAAAAAUUUCUUUUACCUGUUUGAAUCUUUGUUUUAAUCAAGUCUACUUAACUGGGUUAAGAGUGAAAGAAUAAGGGAACCUGGCAGUAUUUAUCCUGUAUGAGAGAAACGAUUUACUCCAAUUGAAUAAAUUAUGCAUCCUUCGGGAGCACAUGUUUCAGUUA